AUGCGCAAGGUUAGAACACUGGGAGCUAUCAGCUUAAAUCCAGGCUCUUUAAAGUUGUUUGCUUGGACUAGGGAUUUCAAUCCAUCCGUCCAAAACAACACUUCUGCUCAAGUGUGGGUUAGAUUUUAUAGGUUGGCUCAGGAAUAUUGGAGGCUGCUGAUUCUCUUUGCUAUUGCUAGCUGCGUAUGUACACCGAUUUGUAUGGAUGUUGCAGCAUCUAAGUCUAGAAUGGACCGUACCUUUGGGAAAUUUGUUCGAGUUUUGAUAGAUAUGGAUCUGACACGUACAUUGAAUCACAAUGUUUUAGUUGAAAGAGAAGGCUUCACGUUUUUUUCGGACAUUGAAUAUGAAAACCUACCCGAGUUCUACAGUCAUUGCAGAAAAACGGGUCAUGUGGUGCAAAAUUGCAAAAUGCUAAGAUCCCCCAACAACCACUCUGCUCCAAAUCCGCAGGAACCUCCUUUGCAGAAAAAGAAUGCCCCGGAGUCAACUCAUUUUGACAAGGGUGUUUCCCAACAUGAUAAGGAUGUUCGCUUAGAUGUUGUAGCGGAUGAUGGUGAAAAUACUCCUAAAAAUAGUUUGAAGAAUCAGGAUCUGGUGGUUGUUGUAUCUGAAGCUAAAACAUUGAAGAAUGGAUUGGUUGAUGGUGAUCCUAUUUUGGUCCCUAAUAACUCUCUCAACUUUGUUACGCACCCCUCGCGGCAAAACGAUUCUCAACUCUCAGACUUUGUAGAUGCAACACAGGAUUUUGUUCCCAACUCUAAUGAAGGAGUCGAGUUCCUUCAGAAAUCCCGGGCUAACCUUGUAGAGGAAGAUGAACAUGUAGAAGGAGCUUUCACACAUGCGGUCUCCGUUCUCAACAAAAAGAAGCACUCAACUAGAGUAAAAAAGAAACAGCCAUCAAGGUCUCAAGCAGGACCAAAGAUAGUGUCCUCAUGA